GGUCCUUUCAGGUCCUAUCGUUGCCUAGAAACGCGUUGUUGUCGUGCGUGUUCGCGUUGGAUUUUCUAGGAUUUUAUUCACUUAAACAUACAUUUUCUCGUCAAUAACCCAAGCGUGAAUGCAAACAAAUAUAGUAUCGAUUGAUUAUUACAAAUUUAUGUUACGGUUAGUAGGGUGCUAGGCUAAUAUAAACACGCUGCUCACUCAUCAGUUAGCUACAGUAACACUCCGAGUAAAUACGCUACCAGUUGGUUUUAUGUUGUUGUAAAACCAUCUCUUGAUGAUAUCCCUACGUGUACAUCGCGUUUAAUGGAUUAAAACAGCCCAGUUCGCUGUUUGAGCUAUAUGGUCAGCUGUCUAUCUAAUCCCACUGUGUGAAGAGGCUCAGUGUGUAUCUUGAGGAUGGAGGCAGGAGGCAUUUCUGACUUGGAUCAGGAAAAAUAUGAUGCUGACGAGCAAGUCAAGAUCAUCUGCCUCGGAGACAGCGCGGUGGGCAAAUCUAAGCUUAUGGAAAGAUUCCUUAUGGAUGGAUAUCGGCCUCAGCAGCUGUCCACCUACGCUUUGACUCUGUACAAAUACACCACCACUAUCAAUGGAAAAACUAUCUUGGUUGAUUUCUGGGAUACUGCAGGACAGGAACGUUUUCGGAGCAUGCACCCCUCUUACUACCAUAAAGCUCAUGCCUGUAUUAUGGUGUUUGAUGUCCAGAGAAAAAUCACAUAUAAGAAUCUCCCAAUUUGGUACAAAGAACUACGAGAGUACCGACCCGAGAUCCCGUGUCUGGUGGUGGCUAACAAGAUAGACGCCGACAUGAAAGUGACUCAGAAGAGUUUCAACUUUGCUAAGAAACAAGGUCUGCCCUUCUACUUUGUGUCUGCUGCUGAUGGGACCAAUGUGGUCAAGGUUUUUAAAGAUGCCAUUCAGAUGUCUCUGUCCUACAAGAAGAACUCCAACGAUUUCAUGGAUGAAGUCAUGAGGGAGUUGGAGAACUUUGAUUUAGAGAGCAAAGAGGAACUGUCUGAUAAAGAAGAGGAGACGCAAGAAGGAAAUACAGAGUCUGCUUGACCGAAUACCAACAUACAGUACUCUUUUCUGUCUGUUGUACUGUUGCGUUUCUCAGAUCAUGGUUGUCCUCUCACUCUCUUGUAAAACUCUUUUACAACUACCUCACAUCUCUGUUAGUGUCUACUAUCAAUCUUAUUACAAGAAUAAAUUAUGAUUCUGUGAAUGUGACAUUAUCAGGUGAUUGUUUUGGUUGGUAUUACGCCAGAUUAUGAACAUUGAUUUGACAUGACUGUGUCAAGCUCUUACUAAAGUUACUUAAAGAAAAACAAAUACUCAUUAGAGGAUUGUCAAGUAUGGACUGUCCUUAAAGUAAGUUUUAAUAACAUUUUGAAUCUAUUCUGUAAUUAGGAUAAUUUUUUUAAUUCUAAAAUGUGUUAGAUUUUGGAAAAAUCCAUGUUUUUGAUUUCUAACCAUUGUUAAAGUUGUAUUCAAAACUACAUUAAAGAGAUUAGUUGAUGUUCUUCAUCUCUUCAGGAGUGAGAAGGCAGCCAUGCAUAUGAGCACAUAUGAGUGUGUGCAUGUGAAAGCACUAGAACACACUGAAUGAUCUCUGGCCUGUGGAAACUGUCAGGUUACAGUUCUACUUGUGAAACACACCUUUUGUAUCUUUAAAUAAAAAUGAGGAAUCAUUAAAAAAUGUACUGUGAAAUGGACAUGCAGACAGAGCUCAAAGCAUUUAUCCUUUCCCAUGUCCCUCACCAGGUACUGUACAUUAUACCUCCAAAUAAAAAGAAAAAAAUGGCAUUAAUGCAAUUUUCAGAACUUCAAACAUUAGAAGGCAAAGCUCAUUCUGAUUACUUAAAUAAAAGCAUUACAGCAAAAUUUUAAUCAAAAUUAUGUCACAAUACAGAUGUCCUUCACUUCUAAAAAUAAAGGUGCCACAGUGUAGAAUUUUUUUAACCAUUUAGUCAAAGGUUCUUGAAAAGUUUUUUCUUUUCUUUUGGAAAACAGGAAGUUUCUCUAGACGUUAAAUGUUCUUUUGAAACCAUAAGCCAAUUUUUUCAAUGGUACUGUUUAACACCUUUAUUUUUAAGAACAUAAAUAGGCUUACAUUUCUUUAGUCCAAUUAUUUCUAUUGAAUUUUUGGGGUAAAAUGUGACGUGUUUCUUUAUGUUGGAUCGGAGACCAGAAAUAUUUCUUAUUCUUUUGAAUAGCAGUUACAUUGCAUAAGCUGUGAAGAUAAAUGUGUUUUAAUAAAUUUGCUUUGGUUUGUGUUUGUUAUUUGCACAAGCGCUCUAACAAAAUGCAUGUCAGUGAAUAUGUAUAGUAACAGCUCUGGACGGUAUAUAUAAAUGUAUCUAAACUGGAUUCAACAUGUUGUGUUGAAUGGAAAGUUUAUCUUAUUUUUCAUUCCGCUUUUGUUUUUAUGUAAUGUUAUGAACACUGAAUAUAAAUACAUAUUUAUCCUGUUUUUUGACUUAUCAAUUAUGUCAACAGGAAAUAUACACUGAGCUUUAACCUAUUAACAUUUCUGUUUAACUAUGGAGUCAUUUAGUAAUUGAUUCUCAGCGUGUUACAUGAAUGUAGUGAGUACUAUUUGGAGUUCCAUUAUCGUUUUGAAACCAAUAAAUACACAAUUAGGAUAGAGAAAACGAGUAGAAUAGAAAUGAUAUAACAUAAACAUAUAAAAGAAGCUGAAUACUUGAAGGUUUUGAUACUACAAACAAUAGUUUCAUGGAAUGUUAAGGAAAAC